AUGAAUAUCCUCGCACUCAACGACGACGUCCUCUCCCUCAUCACGUCUCUCCUCCCUUGCCCCGACGCGCUCCGAUUUUCGCUAACCUCACGGGCCAUCCGCCCCCUCGCUACGCGGCACGCGCUCACUACUAUCGCCCCCGCCUCCCCGCACCAGGCACAACGCGCAUACGCGUACCUCCUCGCGGACGUCCCGCACCGCCUGCGCUGGCUCCGCCGCCUCGACGUGCGCAUGGCCGCGUUUGGCGUCAACGCAGAAUACGCCGUCGCAAGCGGGGACUACGCCGCCCUGCCCCUGCUUGCGGACGUGCUCACGCGCGCGCCGCAGAUCCGACACCUCUCGGUCGCGUGUGCGGAGCACGUCGUCAUGGCGGAGCCGCGCGGCACAUCAAAUGCUGAAGGUGGUGGGUAG